CUCUGUGCAAACAAACAUUUCACAAUGGCCAAGCAGUCUACUAAGGAGUGAAAAAGGGGAACAAGCAGAAGAUUAACAAGGAGGCUGACUGAGAGGUCUCCUGGAAAGAGGGUUUUUGUUGCUGAAGAAUGGUGGCACAUGACAAGGAUCCAAAGUCUGUUGUAUCCAUCAAUGACUGUAAGAUCAUACGCGUCCCAACAGUACUGCCAGCAAUGAGGAGCCAAAAAUAUACAGAUUUCCUACUAGAGCAGGAGCGUAUGAUUGGUCCUGAGGGGUAUUUGGACUCAAAGAGAUACGCAAACAGUUAUAUGGUUCGAAAAGGCUUAGCAAAGACCAAGAGUGUCAUUCCUGUUUGCCGAGAGAAGCGAAGCAAUGAGGCGACAUCAGAGGAACAACGCUUGCAGGACUCUUUAUGUCAGAAGAGACAAGAAGUCAGAAGCCUGCGUAGAUCACAAGGAGAUGUUAUGAAGGAAUGUAGCGCUUUGCAGGAUCAGUUCAAAGCAUAUGAAUACGACAUCCAGAAGAAACUCUCAGAUGGUGAGAAGCAAAUUAAGGAUAUUCAGAGGCAAAAUGAAGAUUUCCCACAAAAAGAAUCAAAAAGAAGAGAACAGGUGACAAAAGACAGCAUCCUUCAGAAUAGGUUGGAGCUCUUGUCCACAAAAUCAGGUCAGAAGGAUCGUGAAACCAUUCUUAUGGGAGUAAGACAAGCAGAGAGCUUGAGAAGAGAAGACCGCCGACGACAAGAUCUGGAAAGCGAACGUCACUGGGCAGAGAAGAAGCUGAGAGCCAUAGAACAACAAAGAUGGCAGCUAGAAGCUGAACGAUCUGCCACUCUUACACGUCUGAGCAGGAAGAAAGCAGAAGAGUCAAGAAAAGAUUUGGAAAUCAAAAACCAGAUGAAGAAGAAUUUGGAAAGUCAACAAAGGCUGCAACAAGACAUCGCUCAAUUGAGAAGUCAACAUAUGGCAGAAAAGGCCAGAAACCAGCAGACUACCCAAACAUCUGAGAAAAAAACUGCAAACGUACCCUGUUCUGAGCAACUAUCACUAGAUGAGAUCAGAAGGCUGGGGUUGGAACAUGGAGUGGCCCAUAUACAGAGAUCAGUCUCCUUAGGAAAGAAAUUUGAGAAGCAGCUGUAUGCCGGAGUGCGUUCUGCCGAAUACUCAUACAAAAAAUCUUCAGAAGUGGUGACAAGUCUGCAACAGGAGCUAAUCAAAAAGAGACAAGAGAACUCUGCGCAGCUACAGAAAGUCAUAUCAGAAGCUGCAAAGAAAGAGCAAGACCUGUUACUGCAUUUGGCAAAAGAAGAGGGGCAGUUAAGGAGGCUCCAGAACCAGCGACAGAGUAAGUACUGGAGACUCCUGGAUCACAGAUCACAUUUGAAGGAAGAACUGCAUGCUCUGGAAAAGCUGGAGAAGGAACGCCAGUGGUUAUCACACCUUAAUCCAAUUAUAUCUUCGAAGGAGCGUACGAAGACAUUGGGGGAAGGAAAUUUGCUGUAAAAAAGGAUCUAGAAAAUAAACACUAAAAUGCAUUUUAUGCAAAAGUGUAAAUGAUGCUGAGUUGAAUGUGUGGGUUAUACAAAACAUCUCUUUACUUGUCCCUGAAUCAUAUAUAAUAAUUCUAAUAAAAUCAGUGUCCAUCUAUGGUCAA